UUCAUAUAUAUUACUAUACACAUGCUACACAAUACAGGCUUUAAAUACUACACUAUACAAUAUGUAACUGCUACAAAUCCAUACACAAAUGCUGGGGUCCCAUCAGGGUUAGAGAAUACCCAUGCUGUAUGGCAUUUGUUCAGCAGAUGGAGCAGCUGAUAUCAGGUCAAGCUUGCAGUACCUCAUGACACUGUUUUCACGCAAGCUCUUCAACGACAGCCUCCCACCAGUGGUCUUAAAACACCAGCUCUACAGUUUACACAACGACAAAACCGCAGUGGACAAGCAGGUGAAUGAGUUGAGGGAAAACGGCGAGCUGUUGAUGUUCCAGCUGGGGUUCGACUCCGAGGCCUUCGCUUUAGUGUUUGCAGAAGAUUACAGAGCCAAAGUCCUGCAGGGGGAAGCUGGCAGAGGAACGCUGGGAACUGUAGAGAAAUUUCUGGCCAAACUAAUUCCCAGCUGCUCCGAUUUGAGUUUCAACAAGGAGAAAAUGCUUAAAGAGUUCCUCUUUACAGACUCUGAGAUAACGCAGCUGGUGAAAUCGGGCGUCCUCACCGUGAGGGAUGCGGGCAGCUGGUGGCUUUCAAUCCCAAACUCUGGCAAAUUCAUUAAGUACUUCAUUAAGGGACGCAAAGCUGUUCUCGGCAUGGUCAAGAAAUCCAAAUACGGUGAAAUCCUCAAGACGGAAUUGGAGGGACGCCGCACAACUUCGCAGGUCAAAUUCCAGAUGAAGUAUCACAUUCAUGAAAUAAUCGGAGCAGAGUUAGUGGAAUGCAUACAGACAACAUCAGGGACAUUAUUACGACACGUGGACGGAAACGACAACUAACAGCUCCACUCUCUCGACUUGAACUGCACAACAUAGUGAAUAAAAGGUUGCCAAACUUCACUUCAGUGUCAAAUUCCUCGCUGUCUUUGGCCUCAACACUCAGGAUAGCCAUUAAUUAAGGGUUUGAGACUGUUUGUUCUUAUGUUGCUGGCGCCAGUCAUGUGGCAAGUUUGCAAAUCACACACUUUUGGGGGUCCUGCACCAACCGUACAUUC